GACACAAAGAGCCGAGAAGUCCGCUCCGAGUUUAACUAUCAACUUUAGCAGGAGCUGAAAUGGACCCCCGGGUGUUUAUCUCCUUCUUGGCUCUCCUGAUGGUUCACCUGGGUUCUGGUGGCACCCUGCGCCACGGGAUCGUCGGUGGCCACGAAGCCAGGCCCCACUCCCGGCCCUAUGCAGCAGUUCUGAAGAACGGUGGGCGUUUCAACUGCGGGGGGUUCCUCGUCGCCCCUCAGUGGGUGCUGACGGCCGCCCACUGCAAUGGCAAUCUCAACAUCAUCCUGGGAGCGCAUGAUCUGGACGCCGUGGAGGAAACCCAGCAGGUGUUUGGGGUGGAAAGCUAUCACCAGCACCCCGGGUACAAAAUCAUUGGGGGGACCCCCUACAACGACAUCCUCCUGUUAAAGCUGGACCGAGAAGCCAAGCUCAACCGAUACGUCCAGACUAUCCCGUUGCCCAGGUCACAGGAUGACCUUCCUAAAGAGACUCGGUGUUUCGUGGCCGGAUGGGGCCGACUCGAUGACCGGUGGCAAGGCUCUCCGAAGCUUUUCGAGACCAACGUCACCCUCCCAGGGCGACGGAAGUGCCUCGUGUUUUUCCCCGAACUUACCGAUGAGAUGCUCUGCGCCGGGAGCCGUUCUAAACUCUGCGAUGUCAGCAACGGCGAUUCCGGAAGCGCCCUCGUCUGCAACGGAGCGGCCCAUGGCGUCGUCUCCUACGGCUUUCACAACCCGCCCUCCAUUUACACCCGUGUCGCAGCCUUCCUUCCGUGGAUCAAGGAGACCAUCGGAUGAAGAAAGAGCAGUUAUUCCCUGCUUCGGCUUCCCUGUUUGCUCCUGCUUUGUCCUUCUGAGAGAUCCCUGUGUGGUUGACCCAGGCCAACCACGCUAGCGUGACCCGGGCCUUCCGAUUUAUGCAGACAAAUAAAUGGCAUGUCUAUCAUCAA